UAGCCUCUUGCUGCAUAUACCUAGACGAGGCUGUCGCUUGUGGAUCUUUCGCUCUCCUCCAGGAAACAAACAAAAGAAAACCUGUCACAUACACUCUCUCUCACACACACACACACACACACACACACACACACACACACACACUGAUAAAGGAAAAAAGUAUUUUCAGAUUGCGUUGUGUCAAAGGGUUGAGCUGAGAGGGAGGAAGGAUGGUAAUGUGAAGAGAAACACACCCAGGACUGAUUCAUACAGCAUGGCCAACAACUGGUGGUUGCCACAGGAUACAGAAUUUGACUUGAUCAUGUGAUCUGUCCUCCUUCCUGUACCCUUAGACCUUCCAGAGGGGCAUCAUGACCAGACGACUGAGCAGCUCGACUCGUUCCCAGACGGAGGACUCCGUCUUCCUAAAGCCAGACGAAGACCCCAUAUGGCUGGAUGACCCUCCAACGACAGACGGCAACCCCUCUCAACCAGGAGAUGGCCCCCCGGGCCUUGAUGAACCCCCAGGACCAGGGACAGGUCCUCCAGGGCCCCAGGGACACCAAGAGGAACUGUGGAGGGACAAGUUUUACACCAUCGUCAUGGGGAUGCACUGGUGUGCCGUGUUCUGCACAAUUUCCCAAAUCACGGGUUAUUGGGCCUUCUUCCUGGUGGAUGGUAAUGGGCUUUUCGCAGCCUUCUACAAAUCCCUACAGCUCCUAGACCUCUACCUGGGUGUCCUCCUAUCAUUCAACCCUGUGUUUGGAGUGGACUCCCUGUGCGUGAUGGCGGAGGUGGAGAAAACCAAUCACUACUGGGUCCUCCAGGCCACCGAAGGCAUUGGCAUGGCUAUCAUUGUCUUUAUGAUCAUCCGCACUGUGUGUAAGUUGGAGUACGGUGAUGCGUGGUGGUCAGCGGCGACGGUGGCUGACCAUGGGGACAGACGUCAGUCGGUGAGUCGCCAGCCUUCCUUCACCCUGUCGGAGUGGACAGACGCCCAGGAGGACCUGAUGGACCUGGAAGCUGAACCCCAGACCCCCAUCUUUGACCUGGGCCUGGACACCAGGACAGAGGGGGACAUCACCACCCUCUCUGUUACACCUGUGGGCCUGCAGGAGAGGAGAGGCUCCAACGUGUCUCUGACCCUGGACAUGUGUUCUCCUGGCUGUACGGAGCCCUACGGCUACGGAGCCCAGCUCUCCCCCAGAGACCAGACUGCCAAGGAGUACCUGAGGGAGGGAACAAACACUCUCACCCCUAGCCAGCUCCACACACGCGCUAUAGACGACCAGGCCCUACAGGCUGAGUUCUAUGAAACUCCCAUGAACUUUGUGGACCCAAAGGAGUAUAACUACCCGGGCCUGGUGAGGAAGAACCGCUACAAGACCAUCCUCCCCAACGCACACAGCCGAGUGAUACUCCGGACAGCAGAUGAAGAGGAGUUCCUCAGUACCUACAUCAACGCUAACUACCUACAGGGUUACGGGGGUGAGGAGCGGGCGUACAUCGCUACCCAGGGUCCUACAGUGAACACAGUGGGAGACUUCUGGAGGAUGGUGUGGCAGGAGCGCUGUCCCAUCAUCGUCAUGAUCACGAACCUAGAGGAGAAGAAUGAGAAAUGUGCAGAGUACUGGCCUGAGGACUCUGUGACCCACGAGGGCAUCGAGAUCAAGGUUGUCACGGUAACCCAGGAGGACGACUACAGCCUGAGGGUCUUCACUCUGAAGUUUGAUGGAGAGGAGCGCAGCCUCCGGCAGUACUGGUACACCUCCUGGCCUGACCAGAAGACCCCAGACAAAGCCCCGCCCCUCCUGGAGCUGGUAGAGGAAGUGGAGCAGGCCAGAGCGGAAGCUCCGCCCACCAGCGGCCCAGUCAUCGUCCACUGCAGUGCUGGGAUAGGUCGGACAGGCUGUUUCAUCGCCACCUCCAUCCUGUGUAAACAGCUGAGGAGUGAGGGCGUGGUCGACAUCCUGAGGACCACCUGCCAGCUCCGCCUCGACAGAGGCGGGAUGAUCCAGACGGGUGAGCAGUACCAGUUUGUUCACCAUGUCCUCAGCCUCUACGAGAAGCAGCUGUCCCACAUUGUAGAGGAGUAGAGACACAUCACUGUACCUACUGUACUGUACACAGUACCUACUGUAUUGUACAAUGUACCUACUGUACUGUACACUGUACCUACUGUAUUGUACACUGUACUCUGUACGUACUGUACACUGUACCUACUGU